UAUGGGAGUAUGUACAUCUAACAAUCAAAAUAGUUAUUUUAUUAAUACUACUAACUAAAAAUUGAAUAGGGAAUAAAAUUAUGACAAUUUUGAACCUCCAUGUUUUGGAGAAGAGUAAAUAGAUAGAGAUAGUCUUAAUUCAGAGACAAGUUUAUUAGACACAGAUGAGCUACAUUAAAAUUCUGAAAGAGCAACCUAAGAAUUAAGUUAAAGGGAAUUUGUAAAUAGAAUUGUUAGUGUACAUGACACUCCAAAUUCAAAAAGAUACUAUUUUGUAUAUGAUUAAAUGUAUAAUGUAAGACGUAAGGUACCAAAACUUAAAACAAUCAAUCAAAGCACUUUGAUCCAAAAACGUAAGUCAUUAAUACUUUGA